AUGCAUAUACCACACGUUCCUGCAUCCGAAGCUUCCUACGCCACGAUGGAGGCUAUCGGGGCCUGUGUGUCGCGAUGCACCGUGCCUGAACCACCGUGGUCUGGUGGACCUCCACGCAAGCGGCUGUGCGCGUGCCGGCCGUCGUCGGGCCAGCCCGCGAGCGGUUCCGAGCUGGAGUUCUCAUCCACGUCGGAGCCGUCCGUCUGCAUCCACCCCCAAGGCCUGGCUCGCUCCUUGGAAGCGGUGCGCAGGGGGAGGCCGCUGGUGCAGUGCAUUUCGAACGCCGUGAGCGUCGACAUCAUGGCCAACGUGCUCCUCGCGACGGGAAUGAACGCCGCGAUGGUCUCGUGCGAGCGGGAGGCCGGCGAAUUCGCCGCGCGGGCCGCGGCCGCGGUGUCCAUCAACCUGGGAACUCCCGCGGCGAGCGACGAGUGGGUGCGCGGCACGGACGCCGCGGUCACGGCCGCGCUCGCGGAGGGCAAGCCGUGGGUUCUCGACCCCGUCGCUCUCUCCGCGUCGACCUGGCGAUACGACCGAGCGACGGACCUGUGCCGCAGACGGCCAACUGUGGUGAGACUGAACGCGUCGGAGGCGAUCGCGCUGGCCGCGGUGCUCGUGCCGCACAAGUCCGACCGGCCGAACAUCGCAGCCAGCCCUGACGCCACGCACGCGUCCCUGGCCGCGAAGCCGCACGCGGUGGCCAUCGCGCGGUGCCUGGACACAGUCGUGUGCGUGACGGGCGAGGUCGACCUCGUCACCGACGGCCGGCGCAUCAUCCUCGUCAAAAACGGCGUCAGUGGAAUGCGCAGCAUCACCGCGCUGGGGUGCAGCCUGUCGAGCCUGGUCGCGGGCUUCGUCGCCGUGCGCUGCGGCCGGACGAACGACAGCGAUGACGAGGACGGCGAGGCGGCUGGGCCCGCGGCGUCGGUGCUCGAGGCCACCGCGCACGCCACGUGCUUCUACGGGGUGUGCGGCGAGGUCGCGAUGACACAGGGCGGCGCCAAGGGGCCCGGGUCGCUCCGCGCGGCGUUCCUGGACGCGCUCGCCGCCGUCGGACCGGAGGAGCUGCAGUCUCUCGCGAACAUGACGCUGGAGGUCGUGGCAUGA